AUGUCACCACAAACCACCCACGAUUCGGCGGUUUCUUUGCCUACCUCUUAUCUGAGCGACGCGGAGAAGAAGGACGUCCAUGUUGAGGCCGCAUCGAUCAGGCCAACUGAUAGCAGUGAUGCCGAAUUGGGCGAGUCGUCUCAGGAUGAAGACGACAAACUCGUCCAUUGGGAUGGUCCCAAUGAUCCCGAGAAUCCCAUGAACUGGACGAGUUUCCGGAAAUGGUUGACCAUUGCCUUGAUUUCCAUAAGCAGUUACAAUGUCUCCCUGGUGUCCACAAUCUUCUCGCCGGCUGUGCCGGCUGUCCAGGAAGAAUUCAACAACCACGAUGAUUCCAUUUCUUCUCUUAUGGUCUCUGUCUAUGUCAUGGGAGCUGCCAUUGGCCCUCUCAUCCUGACACCCAUCACCGAAAUGAGCGGAAGGCUGCCAAUGACCCACGCGGCAAACUUUCUUUUCUUGGCUGCGGACAUUGUCUGCGCUGCCAGCGUCAACAUGCCGAUGUUGAUUGUCUCUCGACUAUUCAUGGGUAUGGCUAGUUCAGUCCCAGUAACUGUGGGAGGCGGCUUCGUUAGCGAUAUGAUGAAGAUGGAUGAACGGGGAACCGCCAUGACGAUCUGGACUGUGGGGCCUCUGCUGGGUUUUGUGACUGGCCCUAUCUUUGGAGGUUAUAUGGUCCAAAACGUUGGAUGGCGAUGGACCGUCUGGCUUGAAGCCAUUGUGGGCGCAAUCGUUGCAAUCGCGUCUCUAUUCCUGCUCCGUGAGACGUACGCGCCAACUAUCCUUCAGAAGAAGGCCAUGAAGCUGCAAAAGGAGACUGGUUUCCACUACCGUACCAAGUACGAGACUGGUCAAACUGCCUGUCAGAUGCUGCGGGUUUCUCUUACCCGUCCAAUCAAAUUCCUCUUCCUGUCGCCCAUCGUCAUGAUCGUGUCUCUGUACAGUGCUGUCACCUACAGCUACAUGUAUAUUCUCUUCACGACCUUCACUGAGAUGUUUGAGUCCAUGUACAACUUCACCCCUGGCGAGGCCGGUCUCGGCUACCUUGGCAUCGGUCUGGGUUUCACUCUAGGCCAGAUCACGGUUGGCUACUUCUCGGAUCGCUACGUCCGGCGACAAGAGAAGAUUCACGGCAAGAUGAGGCCCGAGGACCGUCUGCCGCCCCUCGUCGUGGGAUGCUGUCUGGUCCCCAUCGGUCUUCUCUGGUACGGUUGGUCUGCCGAGUACCACACGCACUGGAUUGUUCCUAUCAUGGGUACCUUCUUUCUGGGCAUCGGCAUCUACUACGUGCAUCUGGUGACGCAGGUGUACCUGGUGGACGCAUACACUCUGUACGCCGCCAGCGCCGUCUCGGCGGAACUUUGUCUCCGGUCGAUCUUCGGCGCCACCAUCCCCCUUGCCGGCACCCAUCUGUACAACAAUUUUGGAAUGGGCUGGGGCAACAGCCUCCUCGCUUUCAUCGCGGCCGCCUUUGCACCCACCACGGUCUUCCUGCUGAAGUACGGCGAGAGCAUCCGGACCAACCCGAAAUUCCGUCCCAACAUGAACUAAUCUCUCUUCUUCCGAACAACUUUUUCGUCUAAUUCCAUUUUCUAUUUUCUUUUUCGUUGUCACGACAUCCAAAAAGAUCACU